GGCGAUGUCCUUGUGGAAGAGGCAUCUGAGUAUGCUCUGCAGUGCAAAGGAAUUACUAGAGAGAGAAAAAAAAAAAAAAAAAACAGACCAAAAAACAAGCAAACAAACAUGUUAGUUAGGCAGGACUUUUAUCAACAGGGCAUCACUUGCUACGUUCUGCCUGCUUGGAUAAUUUUAUAACAAACAUCAGGGCAGAAAACAGCUUUUUAUCCUGUAUUCAUACAGAGCACAGCACCAGAGGACAGGCACGAGCUGGUGACCGCAGUCGGGUUCAUUCAAACUGCAGAAGUUUGAGGUAACACACACGAAGUUUGUUCUUUAUGUUAAGUUCUGCCUGGGAGCAGUUCCCAGCAAUCACUGCUAGUGAUUAGAAGCAGUCGUUUGGUGUUAAAUCUUUGCAAGUUUUCUGAAAAACAGGGGAACUCCUCUCAAACUUCACAAUUUCUGCUCCUGACCUCUUCAGUAUUUUUCUUCCAUGAUGUUACCCACAUCACUUGGUGGCUAAAAAUGAACAUUUUUCAGGUUCCACGUUCAGUACACUGGUGGCAUUUCUACCAUUGUCUAAGUAUUUUGGCCAUCUCCAAUUUGCUCGGCAAGGCAUGCCUGGAUUUUAAAAAGGGAAUACACUUUUUUCUUAACUCUGGACAUCAGUAUAUUUUAAAAAAUAGUUUAACAUCAAGAACAGAGCAAAGACCAUCUGAGCUGCAAGAUACUUCAUUAGACUAAAUCUAAACCGGAGUGCAGUGCAGGAGGAAACUUCCAGCAGCAGAAGCAUCUUAGCCUCAGAGACAUCAGCAAAAUCCAGCGUCCAAAGUGAGAUUUGGAAGUUUGCUGAGCAAACAUUUGAGGAAGGUGGACAUGGAGGUUCUCCUUCUCUUUGUAGCUUUGCUGCAAGAGCCGGUCUCGAGUACCUUGUACGGGCCCUGGUUUCUGACAGGCACAGUUGGCGGGUCGGUCACCCACCAGUGCUUCUACCCAAUCACACCCAGCAACAAGCACGACAGAAAAUACUGGUGUAAAAGAGCAAGCAAUGGAGUUUGCUACACCAUCGUUUCCACAACCGGCUACGUCUCCAAAGGCCACGUGGGCCGGGUGUCCCUCGAGGACAUCCCCCAGAACGGCACCUUCAUGGUGACGAUGACGGAGCUGGAGAGCAGCGACACGGGGACGUACCGCUGCGGCAUCGGCAGCACCAACAGGGACCUCUACGUCAGCCUGAACCUGACGGUUUCAGAAGACCUGGGUGCUCCAAAGCUGGCCGAGCUGCUCCACGGGGAGCUCCGUGGCUCCGUCACCGUCCCCUGUCCUCCUGGGGACACCCGCAAUGGCACGAAGAGGUUCUGGUGCAAAGUGGGGAGCGCCGGCUGCGCUCUCAUCGCUGACACCCAUGGCUAUGUGGCGAAGAGAUACGAGGGACGAAUCUUUAUCACCCCUCAGGACAGCUCUGGAGCAUUCAAAGUGCUGAUAAAUGAUUUAAGAAAGGAAGAUACGGGGCUGUACAGGUGUGGGACGGGCAGGCUGGGCGGCCAGGACAGCCUGCAGGACGUGGCCCUGCAGGUGACCACAGCCUCCUCCCGGCCCAGGAGCCCGAAGUUCCUGAGCGGCACGGUGGGAGGCUCGCUGUCGGUGAGGUGCCACCACGACCCCCAGGGCAGCUACGAGACGAAGUACCUGUGCAGGUGGAAGGCGGCCAGCUGCUCCCUGCUGCUGGAUCUGGACGGCUUCAUGCACGAGUCCUACAAAGGGCGCAUACGGAUCGCCAGCAGCGACCAGGAGAAGGGGACGUACACCGUGGUGAUGGGACCCCUGAGAGAGGACGACGCGGGGUGGUACUGGUGUGGGGCCAGAAGCGGGCACACGGAGCACACGUCCGCUGUGAAGCUGCUCAUCCAGAAGGGAACCUGCACUUCACAAAACCCGGAAACAUACACUCUUGGGAACCCCAUUUUGCCAUCCAGCCUGGCAGCCUACAGCACGCCAACACAGAGGAGCACUGCGGGCACCAGAAACACUGCAGGCACCACGUACACUGUGGGCACCACGUAUACCACAGGCACCAAGUACACUGCAGGCACCACGGGCACCACGGGCACCCAGCUGCCCACUGCCCCCCCCAGCACUUCGGUGACCUCCCGCAGCAGCAUCUAUCACAAGAGCUCAUCGGGUGAAUCACACCUGCUCCCAGUUGUGCUGUCGGCUCUGCUUUUGCUGAUUUUCAUCACUAUCGCUAUUCUCGUCCUUGCCAAAAUAAAGCUUCAAAAGGAGACUGGACAAGAAAGAAGCAUCCUGGGACAUGCAGAAGCUGUGCUGGUUCAGGCUGGUCUAAACCCCGCAAAAAAGCAAAUGGAGGAAACCGGGAGCCCAGCUGAAGCGAACGGAUGCAAGACAGACUCGAGCAAAUGUCGGAUAAUCUAUGCUAUCCUUGGAAGGUUCAGGAGGACCAGCUUAUGCGGAUCCUGUGAGGAAAAGAACACUUUUCAGCACAAUUGAUCAAGACUUGAGGAAAAUAAGGCAGAACUCCCAGCUGUCAAACCACUCCAUACAUAAGACCAGAGCUUCUUUAUCAAAAGCUGAGGCAUCGCGAUAAACCCCAAGGCACACAGCACCAUAUUUUCCUUGCUCCCCACUCUGAAGCUGAGUAUCCUGUGCAGCAGGUCCAAAUCUGAAUCACUGCAGGCUGCCCAAACGUCACUUGUUUGUGGUUUGUAGAGAAUUAAACAAGGCAUCUAACCAA